GUGGCAGUUCUGGUCAUGCCGUGGAAGGCCGUAUCCGAGGUGGCCGGUUGCUGGCUCUUCUGGAGCUUUUGCGACACUUGGAUAGCCUUUGAUAUAAUGUGUUCGACGGCAUCUAUUCUGAAUUUGUGCAUCAUAAGUUUGGAUAGAUACUGGGCUAUCUCGAGCCCUUUCCGUUACGAGCGUAAAAUGACCCAGCGGGUGGCGUUUGUCAUGAUCGGCAUGGCGUGGACCCUCUCCAUCCUGAUUUCCUUCGUCCCUGUCAGACUCAACUGGCACAAGGCUGAGCGCGUAGAUAUCUCACCGAUAAACCAUGGCAUCCAGUCGGAGGACUGCAGUGCGACUUUGAACAGGACUUAUGCAAUUGUAUCUUCACUCGUAAGCUUUUACGCUCCAGUCAUCAUUAUGAUCGGAACAUACACGCGCAUCUACAGGAUUGCACAAACGCAGAUCCGAAGGAUCUCCACCUUGGAGAGGGCAGCCGGACACACUCAAAGUCACCGCGAAUGCUCGAGCCAACAGUCACUUAAAAGUACAUUCAAGAAAGAGACUAAGGUGUUAAAAACCCUGUCCGUCAUAAUGGGAGUGUUUGUGUUUUGUUGGCUGCCGUUCUUCAUCCUGAACUGCAUCGUUCCGUUCUGUAACCUGGACGCGCUCGGAAACUCUCGGUGCGUCAGCAGCACAACCUUCAGCAUCUUUGUGUGGUUCGGAUGGGCCAAUUCGGCCCUCAACCCGGUGAUCUACGCGUUUAACGCGGAUUUCAGGAAAGCGUUCACCACUAUUCUGGGCUGCAACAGACUUUGCGCGUCUUCUGCGGUGGAGGCUGUGCAUUUCAGUAACGAGCUGGUGUCCUACCAUCACGCAACCCAUCACAAAACCACUCUUCCCCAGAAGGAAUCGCAGGACGCAUCCGAUCCUCAGCCCUUAGCUUUGGCACCUGUGGCACCCGUUCUGGUACUCGCGCCUUUCGAUAGGAUUUCGCUCGCUUCUGGUUCGUCUUGUAUCCAGAGAAACGUGCCGCUGCCCGGCACCGAGCCGCAUGAAGGUGAGCUGGAGAUUACUUUGGACAUGAUGCCCUUCACAUCCACAGGACCGAGCAACUGCUGUGGGAUUCCGGGUCAAAUUGAGGAGUAGCAUGAAGACAAAACUG